AUGUCAAAUGAAAAUGAACUUAUCUCUAAAGUUUUACUCACAAUUGAUAAGUACAAAGGAAACUUGUCCACUUUUAAAAGAGCCAUAGUUGAUGGAGAAUACACCAGUCUACAACAACCAAAGAUAUUUCUGAGACUACUUUUGUGGAAAGCGUGUUUGAUUGUCGACUCAUUUUCAAUUUCAACAUGGGCUACAAAGCUCAAAGAUUCUAGGAUGGUCUACCACCAACUAUUCCUACGGGAAGAUAUGACUAUACCGUGGAUGGAGCUUGAUCAAGAUAACAUAUACUACCAACCACGAAGCAUAUCACGGAAGACCAGCUUGAAACACAGUACGUCUUUGCGGGGCCUGCGAUCGAUGAAAAGAAACUCAUUGCGCGAGCGAGCUACUGAUGAUCCCCUCCUGUCAUACACUACGACCUCAGAACCGACAACACAGAGAGCCGAAAACAAUAAUAAUGACCACACAACCGACUUGGAAUUAUUGAAUACUAUAAUACUCGACGUUGAGAGGCUAUUUCCAGGUGAACCUUUUUACCAUGGCAAUGCCAAUACGAUACCCAGAAAAAGACAGUUGAUUGAGGUUCUUUACAUUUGGUGUAAGUGUAAUCCUUCUGUUGGCUACAAACAAGGGUUUCAUGAAAUAUUGGGCUUGAUUCACAUGAACUUGUAUAAGGAGUCUAUCACAUUGAAUCAAGAUCAACUAAAUUCAGCAUGCUAUUCUCAUGAGGAGAUGGUGAUAUUGAGUCUUUAUAACAUGCGCUUCCUAUGCCAUGACCUUUUCAAUAUUUUCAACAAGUUUGUUCUCACCAGCGGCAUUGCAGCAAAUUUAUACGAGUCAGAAACUCAGUUAACUAAACUGAUUGACUUAUUCAAUGUUUACCUUAUGAAGGUUGACCAGUUUAUACAUUAUACAUUGACAACAAAGCUCGAGCUCGACUCGCAAUUGUGGAUUAUUCGCUAUCUCAGAAUGCUCUUGAUCCGGGAACUAGGUAAUGACUUUGAAACAACAAGCUUACUAUGGGAUAAGUUGAUUGCGACCGACUCCCCGUAUCACCAGACACCAGGGAUGACAUAUUUUCUUGAAAUGCUCAUAUUUUUGGUAAUACAGCUUCUAAUUCAACAAAAGACAGAACUAGUGACCUCGGAUUUUAGUGAAUGCUUGUCAUUGCUCUUGCAUUAUCCAAUACCACAAUUCACCACCCCCGUAAAUAGGGAUAUGUUCAUCCAAGUUUUGUACCGCGAUGCAAUGAAACUCUAUGAGAGGAGAAACAACGACUUGAAAUUAUUUGAAUACGGAAAUAAAUUGAACAAAACGUACAAUCCAGGACUCAAAAUUUCCUUGGGUUACAGAAACAGUGCCGACUUGAGUGACAGCAAUAGUGCCCGAUCUAAAAAUGAGAUUGGAGAUGCGGUUGAAAAAGAAAGCAAAGCUGAUGAUUCACCAGCAAAACUAUUGGAAACCACAUCAGAAGAUUCCCCUACAGGAUCAGACAGCAACAACAACACAUCUCAUCCCACUCCAGAGCAUAUAAAUAAAAUGGGUAAAAGAAAAACGUCGACGCGUAAGCCAGCCAAAAAGAUUAAGCAAACAUUAGAUAUCCAAUUUACUUGUCUAUUUUGUAAUCAUGAGAAGUCAGUGAUAUGUACAUUGGAUAAGAAGAACUUACUAGGAGAGUUGCACUGCAAGGUGUGUGGACAAAAUUUCCAAACUUCCAUCCAUGGGUUGAGUCAACCAGUUGAUGUAUACAGCGACUGGAUUGAUGCUUGUGAAGAUUUGGCUGAAGAAGCGGAAAAGAAUGGCUAUGAAGGUGAGGUUCGUGAUGAGGAUGACGUAUAUUCCGAUGAUGAUGACGCCAUCAACAACAAUAACAACAACAACGGGGGCCGUGGAAGAGAAGUGGACCCCGUACUAGGCUCAGACGAUGAUAAUGACGAUUAUUGA